AUGGAAAUGCCUGCACAUGAUUUAGAAUGGGGUUAUCAUACAGCACGUGUUAAUUGUUUAGCAUGGUCACCAGAUUCAUUAUUAUUAGCAUCGGGUAGUCUUGAUACUGGUAUUAUUAUAUGGGAUUGUUCGAAUCCAACCAAACAUUUUACGCUUAAAAAAGCACAUCCACAAAGUCAAGUAACACAAAUUGUAUGGCUUAAUCAAUCGACUAUUAUUUCGACUGGUCAUGAUGGUACCAUAAAAACCUGGGAAAUUAAAUUACCAUAAACAAAAAAC